CACGAGCACGCUGUAACAUAUCGCAUUAAUACAUCCUUGUCAAGGAAGAUCGCGAGGCUGAUCCAUCUUUAUAAGACACGGGACUCAUACAAAAGACAAGAUAAAGAACUGGGAACUGGGAAAUAUCCCAAGGGCGGAUAGGGAGGACUGUCGGUCCGUACCUCCACAACUAGCCAACAUGGCCUCGAUUGAGAUUCCCCGGGGGCGGGCCUCUUUCAAAAAGAGAGAAGGCAUCAUCACAUUAACAAAAGACAAGACAGCCCUGAUAUGGAGCCCCUUACCGGGCACUGGCCCACCCGUCAUCUCACUUUCCGUAUCCAACAUCACAAACCUCCAACAGACCCCCAAGACUAAUCCCAAGGUCGUCUUAAGAGUCGUCGAGAAGCCCAAGGCCCCCGGCGCUGAGCCGGCUGCCUAUCCCUUUCAGUUCACACAUCCCACCGAGGCCAGGAAUGAGGCCGAUGCCAUCAAGGAUAUUCUCUCUCAGAUCAUUGCUGAGCUACGUGGCGAUGACCCUUCUCUACCCAAGCCGGCCAAGGCUGGCCCUAACGGCGCCGGCGCCUCUGCUGCCAUGGCCAUGGCCAGUGCCGUGAACUCGAAGCAUUUGCCGUUCCGCUGGUUCGAAGACGACAUGCUAAAGGCCGAUGUAGAACUUCAGCAGUCCCUCAUGAAGAAGGACAAGGCGUUGGCUCAGAUAUAUAACGACGCAAGGUCGUCCAAGCCAGAUUCUUUAUCGGAUGCCUCCUUCAACAAUCAGUUCUGGGCCACUCGCAUCAGCCUGCUGCGUGCCUAUGCCAUCGAGUUGAACCAAAAGAAGGGCUCAUAUAACGUCUUAUCGACGAUCAAGCCACGAACCGAGAAUGGCGAGCUCAAGUUGAACAUCAACCAUGAACAAGUCCAGCUCAUCUUCCAACAACACCCACUGGUCAAGCGGAUCUACAACGAGAACGUCCCCAAGCUCACAGAGUCUGAGUUCUGGUCUCGCUUCUUCCUCAGUCGUCUGUCCAAGAAGCUCCGCGGCGAGCGCAUCACGGACAACGACAACACCGACCCCCUCUUCGAUAAGUAUCUCGAAGCCGACAACACCAUAACCGUCCCAGCCAAGAUCACCGCCACAAGCGUACCCCCCAUCAUCAACAUCGAAGGAAACGAAGAGAACCAAGGCGGCUUUAGGAGUGGCAACCUCAAAGACGUUGAGAUGCGUCCGCGCGCCAACAUCCCCAUCAUCAAAACGCUCAACUCGCUCUCCGAGAAAAUUAUGGCCAACGUCGCCCCCACAGACGUCGACCCGUCCGCCGCCUCCUACUCCAAAGACGGCAUCGCCGACGCUCUGUCCAAGCAACUCGCCCUGCAAGACCUCCGCGGCGACGCCGAGGCGCAGCUCAUCCGGCUCUCCGUCAAGGACACCUCCACCUUCUUCACGGGCAACCAGCCGUCACUCACCGACCAAGGAGCCGCCGACGCGCGCCUGUACGCCGCCCAAGUUCCCUCGGACGUCUUGUUCGAAGUGCAAGCGGACAUGGACACUCUCGACUCGGACGGACGCGGCGGGAUAGAUCUGCACCGGUCCAUCGGGGUCGACCCCGACUCUGAAGACGAGAGCACUCUCGACUCCAAAAACCCCAAACCCCAACACGUCGGCUCCCGCGCUGCGCUAAGAUUCGCCCAAACCCAAAUCCUCGAGGCCAUGAAAUCCGCUCGGUCGCAUCUAACCACCACCACGCACGGUGGCUCCCACAACACCAAUGCCUCGGAGGAACGACCGAUGUCGUUGCCGACCGACCUCGCUCACCGCGCUACGCUAACCUGCGCGACGACGGCCGAGUUUCUCAAACAAUUCUGGACUGUCUUUAACUCCACUUCUUCGUCUACAGACAACAACAGUCCAGAAGAAAAGCAACAAGAACUAGCCUACCUAGCCGACUGUCUCGUCCGCUCACGCCAGAGAAUCGAGGCGCUAGCUGAGGAAGCGGAGAAGCGCAGACAGGAGAUCAUGGAGAAGCGCAAGAGGGAGAUUAGAGAGGAAGGAUCAAGAGACGGACGGACUAGUGUUAUACUGUAAGGUUGUGUGGUUGAAGACCAAAAGCGUCGAGGAUGUGAGAAAGAAAGUACACUGCUUCUUCGGGACUGAUAUAUAGAGAUAUGAAUGAGACAAGAUUGUUGUGCGAUAUUACUUAACACUUUGUAAAAACGAAGAAUCAGGUACCGCAAAUGAUAUCGGUUUAGUUAGUUGAAAGAAAAGGG